GCCCUUGAAACCUUGCAUGUGACUGCUCAGUGGCAACUGUGCAUGCAGGCACGGAGUAGAACAUAAACCCGUCGACUGAACGUAUGCUGUUCAUUUGAGCAGCAGCUCUGUGAUCAUACAACCCCCAAAAAAAUACAGAUCGAGAUGAGCAGCAAAGAGCAUAUGGGAACAGGCGCGGCGGAGCUUGUCCGGAUCGUUUCUCGGCGGAUGAUCAAGCCGCCGCCGUCGUUCUCGGAGGAGGCUGUGAACAUCCACCUCACGCCCUGGGACCUCUGCCUCAUCACCGUGGACUAUAUCCAGAAGGGUAUACUCCUGCCCAAGCCGCCCGCCGGCGGAGUGGUGGUCGACACCCUCGCGUCCUCAUUCGCGCGCGCCCUGGGAAAGUUCCACCCCUUCGCCGGCCGGCUGGUCGUGGAGCAUCACGACGGCGGGACCACCACAGCCGUCCUGCUCAAGUGCACGGGAGAAGGCGCCGAGUUCAUCCACGCGGUGGCGCCCGGUGUGGCCGCCGCGGACAUCGCCGGCUCGAUACACACCCCUUCGGUGGUCUGGGCGUUCUUCCCGCUCAACCAUGUGCUCGGCGCGGACGCUGCCACGGAGUCGCUGCCUGUGCUGUCGGCGCAGGUCACCGAGCUCGCCGACGGCGUCUUCAUCGGCAUGUCCCUGAACCACUCCGUGGGUGACGGCACCGCCUUCUGGAAGUUCUUCAACACCUGGUCAGAGAUCAACCGGGGUGGCGUCGACCUGCGCGGGCCGGCGCCGGUGCACCAGAGGUUCUUCAUGGACAGCAGCCCCGUGCCGGUCAUCCUGCCGUUCAGCAAGCUGCAGGACGUCGUCCUGCGGCUCGAGCGUCCGGCGGUACAGGAAUGCUUCUUCACCUUCUCCGCGGCGAGCAUCCAGAAGCUCAAGGCGAGGGCGAACAGAGAAACGCCGGCCGCCAUCACGGUCUCCUCGCUCCAGGCCCUGCUCGCGCACCUUUGGCGGGCGGUGUCCCGUGCUCGGCGCCUCCCGCCGGAGCAAGAGACAUCUUACUCUCUGCUCAUCGGAUGCCGAGGGCGUGUGAAGGGGAUACCACAAGUCUACAUGGGCAACGCCGUGGUGUUCGCCAAGGCGAGCUCCACCGUCGGCGAAAUCCUGGACAAGGGGCCAGGGCUAGGCUGGACGGCGUGGCAACUGAACCGCGUAGUGGCGUCAUUCGACGAGGCUGGCAUGGCGGACUGGCUGGAUCGCUGGACCAAGAAGCCGGAUUUCCUCUACGCGGGGGCGAAAUCGUUGGGAGGUGCUGCGGUCACCACCGGGAGUUCGCCACGUUUCGACGUGUUUGGGAACGACUUCGGGUGGGGGAAGCCGGUUGCCGUGAGGAGCGGCUGCGGCAACAAGAUUGACGGGAAGGCGACGGUGUUUGAGGGGCCCGAGCGGGGAGGUAGCAUGUCGCUGGAGGUGUGCAUCACGCCAGACGCGCUGCAGAGGCUUGUCGCCGAUGAGGAGUUCAUGGACGCCGUCAGCAUGCCGAUGUGAUCAGGUUAUCAAAAACUCGUGUGAUGCUAAGAUCUUUAUGUGUGGAGGCGCAGCGGUGGCGGGUUGUCCUCGUUCUUGUCGAUCUGCCGGUGUUUGUAUUCUUUUUCUUUUUCUCUGUUGGUUCCUUUGGGCUUGGUUGUGCUGCGGCCCCAGCAUGCUUGUUGUAUCGUGGUUGCUAUAUUAAUAUAGCGGGCGAAAGCCUAUAUCGAGGAAAA